AUGGGAACAGUAAAUAAUAAUGAUUCACAAUGGAUUCAAGAUGAAGCAGAAAAAAUUCGUUCAUCUCUUCUUAAUGAAUUACAUCGUAUUGAAAAUGAAGUUAAUGAACAAUUUUCAUCAUUUAAAAAUGAUUUUGAAUUACGACAUCCGAAAACAUCAGAACCAUUGAAAAUUAAACCAUCAUAUCGUCAAAUGGAUGAAACCCGUGUAUUUGUAGCUCGAAAUUCUAUACUAACGGAUCUAUUUGAAACAUCACAUAUUCGUAGUAUAAGAAAUGUUUUUGCUGCAAUGCUUCUUAUACUUGUUAUACAAGUUACAAUUAAUGAUAUAGUACAUAGUGGAAGAUUAAAAUUAAAUUUUGAAUUAAUAUUUUACUGUUUUCAAAAAUUACAUAUUGCUUUAUUUAUUUGGUUGAUUAUGCAAUUAUGCACAGCUGUGAUAGUUUUUAUGGGUUUUUAUUAUUGGACUAGUAAUCGAAUAUUCUAUUAUGACAAUAUUAAGAGAUUAAGAAUCUACGAUGUAACAUGGUUAAUUAUUUAUAUAACUUACAUAAUCUUAUUCUUGGUACUUCCAUGUCGUGAAAUUGUUAAUCAUCAAUUACCUGUUGCUUCAUCACUUAUUGUUUUAAUUGAACAGCUUCGACAAUUAAUGAAAACACAUUCAUUUAUACGUGAAAAUGUCGAAAAAGUUCAUUUACAAUGUCGUUUAAUAAGCGAACCCAAUACAAAUCAAAAUAAUGAAAUAAAACAAUUAUCGUGUCCUGAUUUUUCACAAUAUUUAUAUUUUUUAUUUGCUCCAACAUUAAUUUAUCGUGAUAAUUAUCCUCGUAAUAAAGUUAUACAUUGGGAUUAUGUUUUACAAAUGUUUGGACAAGUUAUUGCAGCUAUAUUUUAUGUUUAUUAUGUUGUUGUUCGUUUUUGUAUACCAACAUUUGCAAAUUUAAAUCAAAAUCAAAUAACAUUACCGAUAUUUAUAUCGGUUUUAUUUAAUUCAAUUAUGCCUGGAAGUCUUUUUCUAUUAUUAGGUUUUUAUGGAUUUUUACAUUGUUGGCUAAAUGCCUUUGCAGAAAUGCUUCGAUUUGCUGACAGAAUGUUUUAUAAAGAUUGGUGGAAUUCAACUUCAUUUGCAGCUUAUUAUCGAACAUGGAAUGUUGUAGUGCAUGAUUGGCUUUAUACAUAUGUGUAUAGAGAAGUUUUUCUUCUUACUGGAGGAAAAAAUCGUGUGAUUGCAGCUAUGUGUGUAGUAUUAUUAUCGGCAACUUUUCAUGAAUAUGUUAUGAUAUUUGCACUUGGAUUUUUUUAUCCAAUUAUGUUUGUAUUAUUUGCAGUCUUCGGGAUGGGCUUUUUCUUUCUUCUACCACGAAAUAAAGGUGUAGUAUUUAAUAUACUUGUUUGGACAUCUCUUUUGGUUGGUGUUGGUCUUCAAUCAUGUUUCUAUUUUAUGGAAGCUUAUGCAAGAAAAUCAUGUCCAGCAAAUGACACUUUUUGGGAUAAACUAGUCCCGAGAUCAAUUGUUUGUCGUAUGGCAUUACCAUCAGCUAAAAUUCUACAUAUUGAUUUGUAG